UCAGCUACUAGUAAGUAUUUAAACUUCACUACCAGAGGCAGAUCUUAUCAGUUCAUCCAGACUGAAACUCCUGCUCUUAACAUAAUCCACGGCUGAAGAGAAUGGCAAAGGUUGUUGCUUGUGUCUCCAUACUGCUGGUGCUGCUGGCGACGCUCGGUGAAAGCAGUCCCAUUUUAUGCUGCACUAAAUACCAACCAAAACCACUCAGUAUCAAAGUACUCAAAGACUACACCAUUCAAGACAUCAAUUACUGCAAACUUGAAGCAGUAAUUUUCACGACUAUCAAGGGCAGAUACGCUUGUGGCAAUCCGAAAGACCCGUGGGUUCAGAGGGCCAUGGAGAAGCUGCCACAAAGACCAUGAACACCGUCUGCACAGAGGUCGCCAGAGAGCUCAAACACAGAAGAUGAAGUCAACACAUGAAGGCAUAAAUUCAAAUUGAAUUAAAAUAGUAUUUGUAUUCCUUUAAAUCUGUUUAUGUGAAUCCAAUAAAAAUAUAUAUUUUAUAUAUAAAUUGAA